AUGGAUCCUUUGAAAUCUCAACAGUUUAUGGCGGAGUUGGAGGUUGAAAUGAUGGCUGACAUGUAUAACAGGAUGAUGGGAGCGUGUCACAGCGUGUCUCCCCACUACAAGGUGCCAGAGUUAUCUAAGGGGGAGGCUGUUUGCCUCAAUCGCUGUGUCUCCAAAUACCAUGUUGUCCACGAGAGAAUGGGGUGGAAACUAACGGAGCUUUCACUGCAGGAUGAAGAACUACUGAAACGUGUCCAGCAAGGGGGCGGGGGAUACUAA